CGCCGCUGUUGAAAUGUUCACUUAAUCAACAUUGGAAGCUAGUAAAGUGUCUUUCUUAUGUUACCUCCGGACUUGGAGGUAUUCCUUACUUUGUGAUAUAUACGACUUCGACUUGACUACCAUAACAAUAACUAGUAUGGAGAACGGCAAGCCUGUCGAGGAUAGUCUCUAUUUCUAUGCGCCUAACAAGGUAGCACCCAUUAUAUUUGCGGUCUUGAUAGCAAUUUCUAUGGUUACUCAUGGAUAUCAGUGCUAUCGUUACAAAUGCUGGAAAGUAACCGGACUACUCCCAUGGUGUGGAUGUAUAUACCUUGCCGGUUUUAUCCUCAGAGAAAUUGGCGCUUUCCAUUAUAGCAAUCUUGAUAUAUAUAUCGCGAGUAUAGUUCUGCUUUACGCUGCACCACCCAUCUACGAACUAGUCAACUACUUCAUCCUCUCCCGCAUUCUCUACUACGUCCCUUACCACUCUCCUCUCCAUCCAGGUCGCGUCCUCACUACUUUUGGUGCCAUCUCCGCCAUCGUCGAAGCUCUCAACGCUAACGGCGCUGCCCGUCUCGCCAACUCAUCUCUUUCCGAAGAUGCGCAAGAAACCGGUCGAUCUCUUCUCAAAGCCGCUUUAUGUCUCCAGCUCGGUAUUCUAGGAGCCUUUGUCUUCCUCGCCGCUUACUUCCACUUGAAAUGUCGCAGAAAUUUGCUCUUGCCCAGUAAUUUGAACAAUGUGUUGAUCACACUUUAUAUAUCGAGCGCAUUGAUCGGAACGAGAACAAUAUAUCGCACGGUUGAAUAUUUCAGUAUCGCAGAUUUGCAUCCCACGUCUGGGAUGGAAGCUAGUGAUAUUAGUCCGAUUAUCCGAUAUGAAUGGUUUUUCUGGGUGUUUGAAGCUUUGCUUAUGACUUGUAAUACAUUUUUGUUGAAUUGGAGACAUCCGAUGAGGUUUCUGCCGAGGAAUAAUAAGAUAUAUUUGGGGAAAGAUGGGGUGACGGAGAUUGAGGGUACAGGAUAUCAGGAUGAGAGAAAAUUGUGGAUUACAUUUAUUGAUCCAUUCGAUAUCUAUGGGAUGUGUAAGGGGAGAAAUAUGCAUAGAGGGUUUUGGGAGCAGGGCGGUGUAGAAAGCGUGGGGCAAGGAGGCCUGAAUCACCAAGUUGAGAGGCAGAGGGAAGUGAAGGAGGGACAUGGAAGAGAUACGGUAUGAUGGUAGAAAUAGUCAUUUUCUUGGCGAAUUUAAUGCUUUUUUCUAGGGAUGGCGGACGUAAUGAACUAUGAAUCAGCAUUUCGGGUAGCAGAUAGUUAGUUUCAAUGAUCAAAGAGAGGAAAAGGGUUCCCAGAUUGUUAGAAGAACCUAUACUGAUGCGAUUUACGUUGUUUUUUAUACGCGUCCAAGUAGAACUUCCAGUUGGUUAUAGCUUGAAUUCAUGUUCAUUGAGAUCA